CGGGCAGUCUACAAUCAGCGGACUACCCAAACAGUCGUUGUCUUCUCCCGUCUCCCGUUUUUCGCUUUCCGUUUCCCGCUUCGCGUGGCUCCGAUCCGAUUCCCACUCCCAUUCCCGGUGCUCUAUAAAAUAAUCAGUCAGAUCCUUGACAAGAGUCAGACGCGAGCCGCAGUCCGCGAGUGAAGCAACCCACCAAGUGUCCCUCCAAAAGAGAAGAAGUCCGAGCAAGAUGAGCCACCACUGGGGUUACACCGAGGAGAACGGACCCGCGCACUGGGCCAAGGACUAUCCACAGGCGUCCGGACAUCGCCAGUCGCCCGUGGACAUUACGCCCUCCAGCGCCAAGAAGGGAAGUGAGCUGAAAGCCUCCGCACUCAAGUGGAAGUAUGUGCCAGAGCACACCAAGAGCCUGGUCAAUCCCGGCUACUGCUGGCGCGUAGAUGUGAAUGGGACCGAAUCGCAGCUGACUGGCGGUCCUCUGGGCGAUCAGAUCUUCAAGCUGGAGCAGUUCCACUGCCACUGGGGAUGCACAGACUCCAAGGGCUCCGAGCACACCGUCGAUGGAGUGUCCUACGCCGGUGAGCUGCACCUGGUCCACUGGAAUACCACCAAGUACAAGUCCUUCGGCGAGGCAGCCGCUGCUCCCGAUGGUUUGGCUGUGCUGGGCGUGUUCCUGCAGGCCGGCAAGCACCAUGCCGAGUUGGACAAGGUCAGCAGCCUGCUGCAGUUCGUCCUGCACAAGGGUGACCGUGUAACCCUUCCCAAUGGCUGCGAUCCCGGCCAGCUUCUGCCUGAUGUUCACACCUACUGGACGUACGAGGGCUCCCUGACCACACCCCCCUGCUCGGAGUGUGUUAUCUGGAUCGUGUUCAAGACUCCCAUUGAGGUGUCCGACGACCAGCUGAAUGCCAUGCGCAACCUCAACGCCUACGACGUUAAGGAGGAGUGCCCCUGCAAUGAGUUCAACGGCAAGGUCAUCAACAACUUCCGUCCUCCCCUGCCGCUGGGCAAGCGCGAGCUGCGCGAGAUUGGCGGCCAUUGAGGUGGAUUUAUGGGGGAAAUUGGUCAACACAGAGCAGUCUUUGGAUAGUCAAUGGAUUUAAGUCGUUCGAUUAGUUGUUCGCACCUCGCACCACGCUGCGAGCGCGCACCGAUUAGCGAAUACAAUAGGCCUAUGCCGUGAGCAGGGCCAGCCCGAGCACAUCCCACUGUUCACUUCUCGUCUUUAGUUCGUACUACUCCCAGCAAGCACACAUACAUACCUCCUAUAUGUGUCUAUCUGUAUCUGGUCACGCGUAGCUAUAUCUGUAACUUUAUCUGUAAUUUAUCUGUAUGUUCGUUUUUUGAUUAUUUGUUUGUUCAACGUUUGCAAAAUGACAAUUAGUAUAAUAUUACAUAUUACAUAUAACAUAUUAUGGUAUUACAAUCUAAAUAUAACACAAUUGAAUGUUGCAUAUGAAAACAAA